AUGGUAUCGGGCAAGAAACGCAAAGCAUCGAGAGUAUCUCUGGACCCAGUAUCGACAAAACUCGUUUCUCACACUUGGGAGAAGGACGAUGAGGAGCUCGAAUUGGAGUCUGCCCUCUUUGGAACGAGCAAGAAGCGUGUCGGGUCAGGCGCAGGGGUGAACGGUCAUGUAACGUCUGAAGACGUAGAGAUGAAGCGGAUGGAAGACAUGGAAGAUGAUGAUCUGUUCACCAUUGACGCACCUGUGGCUUCGUAUCUUGACGGAGGAGGGAACACGGACGACGACGAGGAUAGGGAAGAGGUGUCUGAGGACGAAUCAGAGGGACAGGAUCGUUUCGCAAAUGGGGAAACUGACGAAGAAGAAGAUGAUGAUGAGGACGACGACGAAAGCGAUGCCUCUGGUCCAUCUAUCCACAUGGACGAUACAACAUUCAAACCUGUUGAAGCAGAGGUAGAUGCCGACGACGACGAUGAGGAGGGUGUAUCCGAUGUGGACGUCAAAAUCACCUUUCCUGCCGAUCUUCAAUCGUCUUCCAGCUCCAGUUCAAGCUCCAGAUCAUCUUCCCGUUCACGCUCCGGUUCGCCAUCAGUCAAGGGGAAAGAAAGGCGACAGGCCUUAUGGGUCGAUCCUGCGGAUGAGAUGAUUUCCGUGGACCUGAUAAAAGACAGGAGAAUGCGGAAGAUGGCCAGAGGUAAAGCGGGUGAAGAGGGAGUGGUGGAUGGAAGAGAGCUUGAAAAGAGGUUGAGGGAGCAAUUCGAGCGACUCCAUCCUCGACCCCAAUGGGCAUCCAAUCGGGUCAAAAGCGGUACACCAGCUUUACGAUCCUUGCUGUCAUCCACGAAGUCCUUCGUCUCACCGUUAGCCAAUGGCUCAGGUUCUCGACCUCCUCUAGCGCGUGGAGUCAUCGAAAUGCAACGUCUCCUCGAUGCGAACCAUCAAAAUCCCACAACUGGAAAGAAGGAAGCCAGUAAUGCGGGAAAUGGAGUCGUGGAUAUCGCCUGGCACCCCAGUAGUAGGGUCGGAGUUCUGGCCGUAGGCGGAGGAGAUAGGCGUGUCCGAUUCUUCAAUAUUGACGGUCAUACCAAUGCUGCUCUUCUGACCAUUCAUCUCCCUUCGCUCCCUCUUGGUCGAACAACGUUCCAUCCAUCCGGUACAUCCCUCCUUUUAACCGGUACCAGGCCUUACUAUUACACCUACGACCUCAUCGCUUCUCGGUGUGUCCGAUCUCCUCGAAACCUUUUUGGCUCCGUUCAAACGUCUUCCUCUCCCAACACUCUGACUCGACACGCAUUCUCACCUGGUGGCACGUUGCUAGCCGUCGCGGGUCGACGAGGCGCCGUUUCCAUCCUUGAUUGGAGUGGCAGUGGUGUAGGAGCAGUAGUGGCGGAAUUGAAAUCUGGUCGUGGAGGAUCCGUCGUGGAUCUCGUUUGGACCGGUCAAAAGGAAUUGAGCGUGUUGGGAGGAAGAGAUGGAGCUGAAGUUGAAGUUUGGGAUGUCGGGUCCAGGUCUGUCGUGAGGAAAUGGCGAGAUGAGAGGUGUUACGGAGGAUCCAUCAUGAGAUUGUCAGAGGACGAAAAAUGGACGGCUGUGGGCUCGUCUACUGGUAUCGUCAACCUUUACGAAUCGUCCGAUCUCCGAGGAAAAUCAUCCCACAAUGAUGCACUUCAGCACCUCUCCCCAGAACCGUUCAAGAGCCUCGAACACCUCACGACGCCUAUCACAUCACUCGCUUUUCAUCCAUCUUCUGAAUUGCUGGUCACUGCCUCAGAUAGCAAGCGAAACAGGUUAAAGCUUUAUCACCUCGCGUCUGGUUCAGCGUAUGGUAAUUGGCCCACUCAGACCACUCCGCUUGGUCGAAUCAACGCAAUGGCAUUCUCAUCCGGUGGCGAUUACCUCGCUACGGGGAAUCAACGAGGAAAGGUCCUGUUGUAUAGUUUAAAGCAUUAUGCCAAUGCAUGA